AUGGGUGAUAACUUGGAAACCCGGAUCAAUCAGGGAUUCGAGUUAAAUCCGACCGGAGAGAAGCUGAUCAGUGACUACCUGAUUCCGUGGGUGACGGGACAGAAUCCGAUAUGGAACGGCGUCGUUGAGAAGGCGAUCUACGGCGACAGCUCCCCGUGGGAGAUUUUCAGCGACAUCGAGUCGCGUUGGCACUCGAAGAUGGAGGAAAAGGGCGCCAUCAAGUACACCGUCUUCGCCUUCACUAAGCUGGCGAGGGCUCAAAAUUCCAAGAGGUUUUGUCGAAGAGCCGGGAGAGGCACGUGGGACGGCCAAACGGGCCCCAAGAAGAUCAAAAACUCCGACACCGGAUGCAUCAUUGGGCAUUCGAAGAUGCUAGUGUACGGGCAAUCAGGCGAGGCGGACGUCGGGGUCGGGCAUUGGAUAAUGCAUCAGUAUUCUCUUAGUGAGGAAUCGGUUAAGAAGAGCGGCCGAGCAAACGCUGCCGAUCUUGUCGUGUGUAAGAUCACUAAAGUUGUCAAGAAGAAGGACAAAUCCGAUCACAACACAAAUCAGUCACCGGCGGCGAUUGGUUACCGUGACUUUAAUGAUGCUAUGGCUGCGCAACCAGAGUCGAAUGGCGAGAGUUGCAAUUUUGUGAGAUUCGCGCCGGAAACAAAUGAGGGAAUUUUUAACGGUGACUAUCAAGUCCAAUGUGCGCAACCAGAAUCGUACGACGAUGGUUUAAAUUAUGAAAGAUUUGUGCCGGACACGAAUGAGUUGAUGAGGUUGAAGCAAGAGGUCACUAUUUACUAA